AGGAACUAAUUACUUACGCCAUAUCACGCCACCAAUCAGUUGUGUAUUAAACAAAAUAUAAAUCUUGAGUUAUCUCGCUUUUUUAUCGGUCUUUGUUGGGAAAUUCUCAGACGGACUUCUGGCUAAAGAACUUCUUGACAACAUGUCGCAGGAAGCAGCUAAAGGUGAUGCACCAGGAAGACUGAGUCCGCUGAAACAGGCCGAUGCAGAAGUGCAAAAGAUUUGCGAUCAGGUAUCACUAAACUAGCAUAAUGAGGCAGCUCCCUCAUGAAAUCUCAUUUCUUUCUCCGCUUAACUUCGAAAUGCCUUGUUUGGCGAUAGCGGACAACCCGCGUAAACCAAGCUGGAAAGCACACUGCGUAAGUAUUAUCCUGAGCAUCAAGAUAAUACGCCAUCUUUUAAGGCAUACGGACUGAUUUUGAAUACGAAAAAAGAUGUACUGAGUUAUUUAACCUAGAAAUAUCCGUUAUAUGUUUUCCUUGUUUCACCAUGUCGUUUUCUUCAGUUGGUUUGAGCAAACUACGAGAGCGCGCGUGAAAAUUGCCAUCUACGAGAAAGGUGACACUCGGAGGGAAGACAGAAACAUUAUAUUUCCAGCUUGGGCUGACUGUGCUGAGCUUUGUAAACAAACGUCAUGAACAGUUAAAUUAUUGCCAGUAUGUUUGAUGCGAUAGAAGUACAUUUGGUUGUAAUCAUGAUAACAAUUAAUAUUCCAAACCCCACUUGCACGACUUUUGUGAUUAAAAAUGAAGAAACCAAGGGAAAAAUGAGUGGAAGGCUUCCAGCCGGAAUAUUAUUGUUCACUGUAUUGUUGCCAAGUAAAACCUCAAUAUAACGAAGAGCCAAAGGACAGGCAAAAUAUGUUCGCUUAGACAAGGUUUCGUUUUAUCGAGGUUCUUUUAAUUCAUAUGUUUUACUAUUACUGGGGUAAGCACAACAGUUCGUUAUACCGAGGACUUCGUUACAUCGAGGUACCACUUAGAUGGCACCAUCACAGCAGAGGUGGGCGAGGUAUAGUUUAGGCGCAUACAACUGGGGUUUUACGGUAUAUAUUUCACACCUCUUUGCUAACAAGGUGAAAAACUAUUAACCUCAACUUGUCUCCCCAACAGGUGAAGCCCCAAGCAGAGAAAAUGGCAGGGCAAGAAUUUCCUGAAUUUAAAGCCAUAUCAUAUAAAACUCAAGUUGUAGCUGGAAUAAAUUACUUCAUUAAGGUUAGUGAGAAAGGUUCCACACCUACUCCUUCCCUAAGCCAUUAAUUAUAAUACUUGCUUCUCAAUUAGAAUAGAGUUAAGUCAAGCGUUGUCUGUUUCCAUAAUCACAAUAUUCUCAUAACAUAGCAUUCCAGUCAAACGGUCUGCCCGGUCGAUGAGGAUCAAUAGUUUAAAAAUGAGGUUUUGUUAAGACAUUGUCACCCUAACUCAACAACAGCCCCACACUUCGCCUUCAACUUAACGCUUUCGGACGUGAGCAAUGGAUGCAGGGUCAACUGUGAAAGGUUUAGCCCCAUGUAAGGGAAUCUGGAUUGCGGAAUCCGAGAGAUUUUUGCUUGUGGAAUCCGGAAUCCCUCUAUAACCAUCAGUGCCUGGAAUCCGAAAUCAACGGCGUGGAAUCCAGAAUCCAAGAAUGUCUUGGAUUCCCUUACAUGAGGUGGAAGAUUCUUCAGAGAAGGGUACAACUUAGUUAAGGGGGCUCUGUCACAAGUGCUAUUAAGCCACGCUUACAUUCAAUUUCCGUUUUUCUUUUUCUGGAAUAGGUGUAUUAUCCAUCAUCCUCGCUUUCAUGCUCUUUUAUAUAAUUAUCUGUUAUCACAAGCUCAACUAAAGGUUUAAAUAUCUUAAACAGAAACUCAAGAGUAAUUUUGGAUCAAAUUCCACAUUCAAUGAAAAAAAAUAACAUUAAUUUUAUUAGAUCUUUUAUUAGUGUCCCCUGGGUGUCGCUAUCAAGUUGAUGUUUCUUGUAUCCACAUUUCAACUUUUUGAAUGCUGAAAGUUCAUAAUUGCUUCACACAUUACGUAUUGGAUCUACAGUGCAAUCUCGAUUUCUCGAACCCCUAAGAGUUGCGCGACCCCGACUUUUCAAACCUCACCAUCAUUCGAGCCAAUUUGAUUUCCCAAUAGCUCCCAAUGUUGUCCGAUAAAUCGCGAUUCCACUGUAAACCUUACUCGAGGGUGGGUCCUUUAAACUGUUAAAAUAUUUUACCUACAGGUUCACGUUGGCGGUCCUUCCUACGUUCAUUUGCGUGUUUUCCAGUAUCUGCCAGUAUAUGAAUUACCUCCUACAUUAUCUGCUAUCAAGAAAGGAAUGACCAAGGACGAUCCCAUCAACUACUUUGACUAAAGUCCACACAAGUUCUACAUCAAGACAAAAUUCAACCUCGCACCUAG